AUGGCGCUCUCUUCCGGCCGUCUACGGAAGAAACUGCUGCCGAUGCUUUGCGACUUUCUGGGAAUGUGGGAGUAAAAUUUCGAUUCUGAUAAAGCGAAUGUCAUCCUGUGCAGGCUGUACAUUUACCAACUGCUCCAUGGAGUUCAAUAUUGGAGAAUGGUACCCUGCUCUUUGGCACCAACAACUGCUAACCAACCCAGGCUGGUGCAUGUUGGCUCAGUUGCAUCAGUAGAGCCCUGCAGACUUCAGAGCAAUCAAGCAUGCUGCAUAUUUUGAAGAAGUCGACUCGCCUGUUUGCCAGGAUCAACCAGCCUCCGGAGUUAAUCUGGCAGAGGGUGCAGAGCAUCUCCGUUUCGGCUGUUUAUCACUUUGAGAAUUUCAUUGACAAGGAGUUUGCCAAAGCACAGAGGGACCUUGACACUGACACGUUAGAUGAUCCAGCUGCUCUCUUGAAAAAAUUGGAGAGAGAUCAGAAACGGCGGAUUCAUGCAGCCAAAAGAGCCCGGUACGCUCGGUCGUUCCGUCCAGCGAAGGAGCCGCGCAUUCUGAGUAGGGACACAAUGGAGCAGAUCCGUUACUUGAGGCAGGAGAAGGGAGAGGAAUGGAGCAUCAAAGAGUUGGCGGCCAGUUUUGGCAUCACAGAGGCUCUGGUGGUCAAAGUGCUUAAGAGCAAGUUUGUGCCAACCCAGAAGAGGCUGGAGAAGCAGGACGCGAGGGCCAAGGCCAAUGCCGGCCUCCUCCCAGAAAAGACCAUGCCAGGGGUGACUGGACACGCUGGGAAUGCAGGCAACAAGACAGCCUUACUGUCAGCGUUCACAAAAUCAGACCCAACAAACAUCAGAAAACCAGGUUUGAAAGCGACCCUUGAAAGUGAAAAGACAGUCGCACGAAAGAGUUUAGAAAGAGAAGACCAGUCUGAUUUGCAACAACAGCCAAUGAGCAUCUCAGGCCAGAUCAGAGGUCAAAGGUCAGGUCAGAGGUCGGAGGAAAAUCUUAAUACAGUGGAGGAGUCUGUUUGUAAUCAAACUAUCCCACACACCAGAAAUAAAUGCCCAGAGACCAUGUCCCCAGCAAGAGUCGCCAUUCUGUGGGACAGGAUUAACAAUCCCACUACGAGGGAUCGUCAGCAACUGGUGGAUGGGAGAGAUUUGUCCCUGAAUUCUAGGUUCAAGAAAGGUUCUGUGGCAGGCCACCAGUCGAGACAUCACAAUUCACGUCAGAGGGAAGAGAACAUGGUGCUAACUGUAGAAGGCACUGACAAUGAGGAGGAACUUGACAUUGACAUGGAGAACCUUCAGCAUUACUAUGAUGAAUCACCACCUCCUCGGAUCAUAAGGAGUGGGAAUGAAUUCUAUGAUGAAGAUGGGAACUUUCUGUAUCGUUUGUAACAAAGGAAAGUUCACUAGCAUGGCGUAAACAUUAUCUACAUACAAAAUAAUGAGACGGAUCUAUGAUAAAACUGACGAGUCCAUAACCACAUAAGGACCCAGGUCCUUGUUUUUGCCUAGUCCAGUUUAUAUUUGCACUCUGAAUUGAUUUUGUUAUACCAGGCCUGAAAUGGGACAGAGGGGUACCCCCCCCCAAGUCCAAUCCCUAUGCACACUCCAGCCUAUUGUCACUUAACUCAUCC